AUGGGGUCUGUCGUUCUUUCCAAUGAGUGGGCUGGCUUCAAGCUGCCCUCGGGUGCCGUCAAGGUCAUCCAAGUUAUCCCCAACACUAUCAUUUCCCUAGGGAAAUACGGCUCAUUUCCAAGUAACCUCGUCAUCGACCGACCCUACCACCUCACCUACGAAGUCCAAGACAAACGCCCCGACGAAACCUUUUGCCGCCUGCGAAUCGUGCCCGCCCACGAGCUCCGCGCCGAUAUCCUCGCAGACGUAAAGUCGAAGGAUGCCCCCGAGAACGGCGCUGACGGCGAACUCGACGAGGAGGAAGCCAACGCCGCGAUUGCCCUGGCCGCUAGUAUCGUAGCCCAAGAUGAUGCGGCCGCGCUCGCGGCAUCUGCUUCGACGGACAAGGUUGUGCGGCAGACGCUGACGGCGGAUGAGAUUGAGGCGCUGAAGCGCGACGGAACGUCAGCUGGAAAGGACCUUAUCGCGAAACUUUUAUCGUCCCAUACGGCGCUCGACGAGAAGACGGCUUACUCGCUCGAGAAAUACAAGCUGCUCAAGACGAAAAAAUAUAUCCGGCGCUUCGAGGUCUUACCGCUCGAUACCCCGCUACUUACGCGUUGGCUCCUGGAGGAUAGAGAUGGCAUGAAGAUUCUGGAGCUGAGGGAAGAGAUGCUGGCCCUUUUAGGCUGCUGGGCGAAUAUCCACUGUGCUGCCGCGGAUGAGCCAGAGGUUAUUACUGCGGAGAAGGCGGGACUUCCGAGUGGUAUGAAGGCUCCCGAGCUCACGGGUGGAAGGUGGCUUGUAGUUGAUGAUACAGGAGGUCUACUUGUGGCUGCCAUGGCAGAGCGGAUGGGAAUAUUACAUCCUCAUCGACCCACAAAGAAGAUACAACAGCAACGGCAGGCCAAGGCAGAUUCGGCAGAGAACAACUCGACCCAGCAGACCAACACAAACCAGAAUAGAGAGGAGAAUGCGCCGGCGGAUGUGGAUACGGCCAUGGCCGAUGCGAUCGAGGUCAGCAAGCCGGAAGCAGACGGUGCUGAGCUUGCCGGCGAGCAGAAGAUCCCAGAAACCGAAACAGCACCUACGGAACUCAACGCGGAGGCGGAGGCGAGCAAGGAAUCUGCAGAAACAAAAAGGAAGGCCGAGAAGUCUCGGCCCCGUCCCUACGAUCGUGACGAUCUAGAAAUUCCCUAUGCGGGCUGCAAUACCAUGACUCUCAUCCACUCCAACAGCCAACCUAACCUCUCCUUCCUCAAAUACUACGACUUCAACUUCGCCGCCCCCAACCCUCCCUUCGCCUCCCACCCCCUCCACACGAAUCUCCUCUGGCUCAACUGGCUCCAGCUUCUCGAGCCCGACAAGGACGCCAUAUACGCCACGGAACCUCCCGCCGUCUCCCCCGACGAGCUGCAGACGUGGAAGGGCAACCGCAGGGGUGUAUACCACCGAAAGCGCAGACGCUGGGCCCGCACCCGGUUUAUCGUCGACUCGACCCGCGCUGGCGGCUUCUCCGGCCUCGUGACGGCCUCCACCCUCGACCCCAUAUCUCUUCUCAGACAUACCCUUCCACUGUUGGCCCCCGGAGCGCCCAUCGCCAUUUACUCCCAAAGUGUGGAGCCGCUCACGCAGCUUGCGGAUUGCUUCAGCGUAGCGCGGCGAGCGGCUUGGGCUACGGAUCCACCUCCCGAGGCGGAGGGCCAGACGCCCGAGGAACUGGAGAGAUGGCCUGGUUCAGAGGAUUUCCCCAUCAACCCCGGCUUGUUGUUGGGGACUACCGUGCAGACGAGUAGGGUGAGGCAGUGGCAGGUGCUUCCCGGUCGGACGCAUCCGCACAUGACGAGUCGUGGAGGUUCGGAAGGGUACAUAUUUACGGCGUGGAAGGCGUUGCCUGCUGUAGGGAGAGUGGAGGCCAGGGGGAGGCAUAAGAGGAGGAAGACUACCGCUGCGGUAGCGACGCCGACGUCGGCGGAGGGUUGA